AUGUCCACCUUUACCUACGCCUCUCAGCCUCAGACGUCGCCCGACCUCUCGACGACGCUGCCAGACCCUCCAGACGCUGCCGACGACGACCCUGAUGUUGCUGGAGGCAAGAAGAAAAAAGUCGCCAAAAGGCGAAAAGUGAACCAUGCCUGUCUCUACUGCAGACGAAGCCAUAUGACGUGCGACGAAGGCCGCCCGUGUCAGCGAUGUAUAAAGCGCGAGAUUGGCCACCUCUGUCACGAUGAACGACGCUCGAAAACUGGCGACAAGGCGGCGACGCCACCCACGACGAACAACCUGGCGACGACAACAGUGUACCAAGCUCCAGCUCCAGCUCCACCAAAUCCUGCCUGGCCCAUGUCAGUGGGCCAGUCAACGCCAUUCAUGUACCGCCCAGAGACGCUAGGUAACGAGUUUUCUGUCCUCACGGACUUUCUGGAGACACUCGACGAGAGCUCCUUUUUUACACCCCCACCUGCCGCACCCAUACUCCAAUCACCAUUCCCCCAACCACAGUCACAACCAGCCAUGUCGAACACAUCUGAUGGAUCAUCGACAACGACGGCAGAUGUCUUGCCGGCGGCAACAAAGACCGAGCGUUUCUUGCUCACCGCAGCGGACCAGGAGUCGGGUUCACGCGACGAACGAUUGAAUAGGGUCAUUAGGAGCAAAUACGAAGCGGGACUACUCAAGCCGUACAACUACGUGAAGGGUUACGCGAGGCUGUCAAGAUGGAUGGACAGAAAUGUAUCACAAGAAAGCAAGCAGCAAAUAUUACAACCUCUUUCAGUGUUACGUCCCAAGUUCCGCGCCGUAGCUCAGUCUCUCCGUGAUAUCGACCUCGUGUUUAUUGAGGAAGCUUUCGAACGUCUACUCCUCGACUAUGACCGAGUAUUUUCCGCCAUGGGUGUCCCUGCUUGUUUAUGGCGCCGAACUGGCGAGAUAUACAAGGGCAAUCGUGAAUUCAGUGAGCUCGUCGGAGUAGAUGGAUACAUGAUGCGCGAUGGCCGAUUAUGCAUAUACGAAUUAAUGGCAGAGGAGAGCGCUGUAAAUUAUUGGGAGAAAUAUGGUCACGUUGCCUUCGACUCGUCCCAAAAGGCUGUCCUGACGUCUUGCGUGCUACGUUACAAGCCCAAUCUUAACAGCACCGCUCCUAAUCCCAAUUCCAAUUCCGCGGCCACGAAUGGAUCGUCAAACGGGAUCGGAAAUGGAAUGAAGAAGGAAGAAGAGAUCGGACGGAGUGAGGAGGGGCUUGUGAAUUGUUGUUUUUCGUUCACGAUUCGGAGAGACAAGUGGGGGAUUCCCAGUAUGAUUGUGGGAAACUUUAUUAAAUGCUAA